UACUACAACGGAUAACCUUAAAUUGUUAAUGUUUAUAUAAACCCUAAACCGUACUCAUAUUAUUUCCCACUUCAUCCAUCGUAAGUGUCUUCACUUUUCUUUUUCUUCUUCCAAAUUUAACUUCCGUCAUGGAUGCACUAGGCGUUCGUCAAAGGAAAAGUAAUAAGCAGUCCAAUAGAAGGAAUUCUAACGAAGAUAUCAAAGUGGUUUAUAUCUCGAGUCCCAUGAAGGUGAUGACAUGUGCCUCGCAGUUCCGAGCUCUCGUGCAAGAACUCACCGGAAAGGACUCCGAUGCUGCAGUCAGAUUCAUGGAUGACCACGACAACGUCUCUGAUAAUUCUCCUACCUAUUCCUAUUCCGAUUCAGCGAGGGUUCAUGGUCAUGGUGUUCUUGGAUUGCCUUGUGCAGAUUUCAAUCACCAAUUCAUGUUUGAAUCAUUUCAUGAUGGACUUAUCUCGGAAGGGGAUUUAUCGAAAAUGUUCACAUCAAAUUUGUUUCAUGAUCUUUAGAUUAACAUUUUCAGAAAUUUUGAGUAAAUUUAGUUAAAUAAUAGUAUGUUAAAAAAAUGAAGGUGACAUAUAUAUGUAA